CCUUUCUUUUCUUUAUUGAGAUACAGUUUUGAUGAGUCACAAGAGGAGUUACAUUUUCGACUGUAGUUUGUAUAAGGCAAUCGAAUGCAUGCUGUUAAAGUGUGGCAUUUACAUGGUGUUUGGUCGCAGUUCAGGCAGCACAGUGCAGGAAUGACCAGAACUGACUAUACUUGAGGUUUAGAAGCUCCUAUUCCACACUGAAGUGAUGAAAAACAUGAUCAGAGACAUUGUCAUUGUGCAGCAUCCCAUUUCUGUGUGUGUACCACUGAACUACACGGUGAAUCUGAGUGUGAGAGCAGAGGGGACAGGUAUCCUGAACUACCAGUGGUUCAAAUCUGAUGAAGAGGAGGUAUUUGGUGCGACCAGAGCAGAUCUGACUGUCACAGCCCAGAAGUCUCAGCUCUACAUUUGCCGCGUGAAUGACCAGUUCUGCAACUGUGUGUUCAGUGAAUGGGUCAAAGUAAAGGUCCUGGACAUUGCUAAACCAGGUCUCCCAGUAGCGUGGCGAGGGGAGCUCCAUAUCGCUGUACACCCUGCACCCCAGACUGUCAGACAGGGGCAGAGACUCACCCUCAGCUGCUCUGCCUUUGGUAUUCCCAUCCCACACUACCAGUGGUACAGAAAUGGUCAUCCUCUGCUGGGCAAAACCACUGACACACUUCAGAUACAGAAUGCAGAGGCAGACCAUAGAGGAACAUAUCUCUGCUCUGUGUCCAAUGUUGAAGAAGAAAGAUGGACAGAGCCAGCUGAUGUUGAUAUAGAGCCAUCUAAUCAACUCAAAGUCACAGCUCCAAAACCCACAGCGACUGACAAAGUGGCCCUGCUUAUUGGUAACCUCAACUACUCCCACCACCCUGACCUGAUGGCCCCCACUAUGGAUGUCCAUGAGCUGGCUAACCUGCUGCAGCAGCUGGACUUCAGAGUGGUGUCUCUACUGGACCUCACCAGGGAGGAGAUGCUGGCAGCCAUUGACAAGUUCAUUCUUCUGCUUGACAGGGGCGUGUAUGCCCUAUUCUACUAUGCUGGUCAUGGGUACGAACGUUCAGGGAGGAACUAUCUGGUGGCCAUAGACGCUCCACAGCCCUACCGUCCAGAGAACUGUGUCUGUGUACAGAGGGUCAUGCGCAUGAUGCAGGAGAAACGGACUGCAUUGAGUGUGGUCUUACUAGACACCUGCAGAACAUGGUACAACCAAGAUUGCAUAGCUUCUGAAAUCAGGCCCUUGGUACCCAUGGGAAACACAGUGUAUGGAUAUGCCACAUGUGAAGAUUCAGAGGCGUAUGAGGUGCAGGAUGGAGGGAAGAGCACUGGGAUCUUCACCAAGUACCUGAACAAGCACAUCCUGCAGCCGGAGAAGGUCACUCACGUCCUGGAGCAGGUGUCUGAGGAUCUAGGCAGAGACCCUCUGGUCACAGGCAAGCAGGCGGUGGAGAUCAAACACACGCUGAAGGAGCCUCGCUCCCUCACAGAUCCGGUCAGGACCACCGGCCACACUGGGGAGCUACGUCUGAGAGAUGCCUGCUGGAGACAGGCCAACGAGCUACCACGUCAGAAGCUGCUUGUUUUCCCCUGUGGAGUUGAGGUGGAGGUCCGCUUCUCAGCCUUGUUCUCCAACGUCAUGGUUGCCUUCGGCACAGUGAAAACCACUGGCCCCAGAGCCCAGGACUGCACUGUUACUCUGAGGAGCACACCUGCAAUGGAGGAUAUCUUCUCUAGUCCUGGCAGGUCAGGUGAAAUGGACUCUCUCUUACUAAACAACUUGGUUGCUGAAAACCCUGACUGUAGCCUCAGACUUUGUGGCCUUCAAAAGCUCCAGGGAUCCUUAGUGAUACAGGUGGACCUACACUACACCCAAACGGGCAGAAAACUGCGGCUGCAAGAGAGCAAACAGCUAGACAUAGGAAAGCCUUUGGUAGCAUCCUGUGAUCUGUACAGGGGACAGCAAGCAUUGGUAGCCCAGAGACAAGAAGGUGCCCCUGUCCAGAGUAUGGGCCACGUUUCACACAGAAAGCAGCCCCCACGUCAGACACUGGGCCAGCCAGGUCGCCCCUUCACCAGGAAGGCAGAGUGUGCUGCCAAAGUCCCCACUGCAAGGAGCAAUGAACCAGAGGAGAAUGAUGAGUCUGAGCCUCAAGACUUUACCCUCUGAUUUCCGCUCUCCACGUCUUUGGAAAAAGGAUAGUUUAGUAGUUGUAGUGACUAGUGUAGUCAAUAGGAUAUUUACUGUUUAGGCUUAAAGCAAUGCACAUAAUUAAAUCAGCACGAUACAUUCCAUUUCUCUGGUUAGGCUACAUUUAAUCAGUUUAAUUAUGUUUAUGAAGUGUGUGUGUGUCAGUGUGUGUAUACAUGUGUGCAUGUGAGUUUGAGGAGAUGAUGUCCUGGAUUAUGUUCCUCUCUUAAAGCACUAUUUGGUUCUUAGUUCUCAGCAUGACACUCUACCAAUAUUUAUUCUUAAAUGAUCACGGUAUGAAAAAAUCCGACUUUUCUACAUACUUGUGAAUAAUAACAAUAAUAAUAAACAUUUCAGCUCUUAUGUACCUGUAUGUAACUAUUAAAAUGAAUUAAAUACAAUUUUUAUUACUGAA